CCCGUAUAACACGUCUAAGACCCUUAACUGCCACCCUCCGGUCAAAGUCCACCUUACCUCGUAUAUUAUAUACAUCCAACUCAUUUAAAUUCAGAUGCUCUUGAUGGUUCUUUUUUGUUUUUGGAGCUUUAGAUGAAGUGGGUCAGCUUCAAGUUCUCAAAUUUCUUCAUCUUUAUGGUGGGAUUUGACCAAGAUAUCUUGUAGUUGUUGGUGAUCGAGAACAAGAAAGAUCAAAAGUCAACAUUUUGAUACCUGGUCAAUGGAUAUAACAGAGGUUUCAAUCAUUCAUCAUGUGGGCAUUGUGUUGUUGGUGAUAUGGUUGAUCUCUUCUUUCAGUUCUUGUCACCCUUUAGUUUACUUCAUAUCUUUGAUCUAUCUUUAUUUGGUUCAUGAGAAUUUUGCAGAAAGAUUCAGGAGGAAGGUGAGAUUUGAAGAAAGAAGACAAGCCAAUCAAAAAAGGGUGUUAUCGGAUUCUGAAUCGGUACGGUGGUUGAACCAUUUGAUAGAAAAUAUUUGGCCUAUAUGUAUGGAAAAUAUUGUCUCACAGAAAAUGCUCCUCCCGAUUUUACCUUGGUUCUUAGAGAAGUAUAAACCGUGGACCGUGAAAGAAGCUAUGGUUCAGAAAUUAUAUAUGGGAAGAUCACCGCCUAUGAUUACGGAAAUGAGGGUUUGUCAUAAAUCCACGGGCGAUGAUCAUUUGGUUUUGGAACUGGGAUUAAAUUUUAAAACAGCUGAUGACAUGAGUGCAAUAUUAGCUGUGAAACUUACAAAAAGAUUGGGUUUCGGUAUGUGGGCUAAAAUGCAUUUGACAGGAAUGCAUGUUGAAGGAAAGGUACUGGUAGGAAUAAAGUUUCUCCCAAAAUGGCCAUUUCUCGGACGUUUGAGGGUGUGUUUUGUUGAACCACCCUACUUUCAGAUGACCGUAAAACCGAUAUUUUCUCGUGGUCUUGAUGUUACCGAAGUUCCCGGGAUUGCAGGAUGGUUGGAUAAGCUUCUGACAGUUGCGUUGGAGGAGACACUAGUUGAGCCUAAUAUGUUGGUGGUGGAUGUCGAGAAAUUUGUUUCACCAGAACCAGAAACAUGGUUUUCGGUUGAUGUGAAAGAACCAGUUGGUCACGCCUUAGUGGAAAUCGUGGAAGGAUCAGAUAUGAAACCAUCCGACAUGAACGGGUUGGCUGAUCCUUACAUAAAAGGACAGCUUGGUACGUUUCGGUUUAAGACCAAGACACAGAAGAAAACAUUAUCUCCAAAAUGGUAUGAAGAGUUCAAGAUUCCGAUUGCAUCAUGGGAUUCACCUAAUCUUCUUGAAAUCGGAGUCCGUGAUAAAGAUCACCUUUACGACGACACCCUUGGUGAUUGCUGCGUAAAGAUUAAUGAUAUUAGAGACGGUGAGAGACACGACAUGUGGUUGCCUCUUCAGAACAUUAAAAUGGGAAGACUGCAUCUUGCGGUUAAAGUUAUCGAAGCCGAAGUAAAGGUAUUUGAACAACAUUACGAUGACAACGCAUCAAAGAGUGAGUUCAAGAAAGAAGACGUUGCGGAUAAAUCGCCUGAAAAUUCUAAAAAAGUUUCGGCUGAUCAUUUUGAACCGAUUGACGUCGAAGGGCAAAGAGAAACCGGCAUAUGGAUUCACCACCCAGGUGCGGAUGUAGCGCAAGUUUGGGAGCCGAGAAAAGGGAAGAACAGGGUGCGUAAAGAUGGUGAUUCGGUGACUAGUAGAGUCAGGUCUGAACGACCGCAAAAUGAUUCAAGCAGCACAGACGAAAGUCUAGAGGGUAGCAAACCGAAAUCAAGAAACAUGGUUAAGAGGGGGCUCCAUAAGGUUGGGUCACUGUUUCAUAAAAGCCCGAGACCCGAUAACGAUAAAGAUAAAUCAGGAAGUCUUAAGAGAACUGUUGACGGAGAUUGCCAUUCUCCACAUGAAAACGUUACAGCUGUUAACAAGAAGGGGAUUGCGGUGAAGUUGGUAAUGGAAGAUAACCCUCUAUCACCGAGUCCAGAGCCUAUGGUUCCUGUGAACUUAACCGGUGAAGUCAAUGUAAAUGAUCCAGACAGCUUUAGAAUGAACGGUGUGGAUUCAAAUGCAGUAGAUAAAGCCGACGUAGAUGAUUCCAGAACGGGUCAGGACCCGUCUUUACAGUUCACUGGGGAUCAAGUAAUAUCUUCUCGUUCACCUAAAUAACGGGGUCUGUUCUUUAGCCGUGGAUGAAAGUUUUAUGUCACGUGUGUGUAAAUAGGCAUGGUUCACCUUUUUAUGAAGGUGAAUGCGUGUGGAAUAGUAAACCGAUAUCCUUUGUUUUAAAUGGACCGAGAUAUGUAAAUGAAAAGAAUUUUUGAUUGUUUGUUCAAUACGAAGUUCGGAUUUUGAAAUAAAGAGUUUCAUUGGUUCCUGUAAUA